AUUUGCACCUAGGAAGCGUGCAAAAGUUAAGGAACAUAAUUAUUGCUCGAUUCAUAGCGUUUGUCUUAUUGACAUAUAAAAUGCAGAAACAGCGGUAUGUACCACACCCUGGGUGGGGCAGAAGGGGCAGAAACGCGUGUGUGUUGCAGUGUGUGUGUCUGGAGUCGCCUGUGGGAGAGCUUCUCCUGAGCGGCUGUGAGAAAGGAAUACACACCAUCACCAUUACUAUGGAAACAGAACAUAGGUCUGGGCUCAUUUCAGACCAGGCAGAACUGAACCCGGAGCUUCAGAAGUGUGUUACGUGGCUCCAGAGUUACUUUCGUUCUGCACAGUCAGUGAUCUCUCUUCCGUUUCCUGCCUUACAUCACCCAAUGUUGCAGGGAGACUCCUUCACUGCACACGUGCUAAGGAUAUUGCAGUCAAGGGUACGAGUGGGACAAACCGUCUCCUACAAAGAGCUCAGUGAGAUGGCUGGAAACCCGAAGGCUGUUCGAGCAGUGGGCAGCGUUAUGAGGAGAAAUCCGGUUCCUCUGAUUGUGCCCUGUCAUCGUGUGCUGUGUAGCUCAGGUCAGAGUGGCAGAUAUAUGGCAGGCAAAGGAGAUCAUAUUAAACUGUGGCUGCUCUCUCAUGAAGGGAAGAAGGGUUCGACCUAACUGUUUAACCUAUGGAUACCGUUUCAGUUGUUCUCUGCUGGAUACACACCCUGAAAUAUUCACUGUUCAGCAUUUUUUACAUGCAAAGUGUGGGUGUAUGUUCUGCUUCAGUAAUGAAAUCUAAAGUAACAGUUUAUUCACUUAAUCAGUGCAAGCAUGUUUUAUUGUUACAGUUACUGCCCGAUGUUGUCUUACUUUAUUGACCAAUAAGAUGAUAGUAAUAGAUAGUAGAUGGUCUCAUAUGGUUUGUUUUUACACCUUUAAACUGUACAUCAUUAGUUUGAGAUCAUUAGUUUACAAAUGAUCAUAAUUUAAAAAAUAAAGAUCAUACAAAUUGCAUCUUUAUCAACUAUACCUGUUACUUAGCAGCUGUUAAACAUGUCACAUUAGUCUGUUUCUGGGAUGUCAGCUGUCAGGCUUGUCUUAUAAAUAACAAUGGAAAUGUAAAAGAGGAUUUGGAGCCUUUCUACUGCAAGGAGAUUAUGAUUAUAAAUCACUGUUAGAUUGUAUUCAUUUCAAUUCUACACUCUAAUGAGAACUGAAUGAUAACACUUCCUGCUCUCUGUUCCCUUUUAUCUGAUUUUCAUGUAAUCUUCAAACAAAGAUCAGUGACGUUUCUUCUAGGUGUUACUCUGUGACCUUGUCCAGGAUGUUUGUGUGUAGGCCACCAAGGUCACUUUUCUGUUAAAGUUUGGUUCUAUUAUGAUGGCUUAUGCUGCAAAUAUUAAAGUGAACCCUAACUGAAUUAAGAAAUGAACACUUCAAAGAAAAAACUUUGUAUUUGAAUUAAUGUCAUUAAUUAUUUCCUUAUUAAUUAAACUGAAAAUAAUA